AUGUCACGAAGACUUCCGGCUUGCAACCCAUGUCAGUCGUCAAAACUGUCAUGCGAUCACGCGAAACCCAUAUGUUCGCGAUGCAGGAACAGGGAUAUGGUUGAUAGGUGCUCAUAUCGAGAUCGACCCUUCAAGAAGAGAAAAGCACAAGCUUUACUUGACAACACGCAUGCAGUACCGCAGAGUGUCUCAAGGAAGUCGCGCCGUUACCCCAAUCCUGGAUACCUUGGAUCAUCUAGCCACACUACCCUCUUUGAUCAUCUUUCCGGCAACGAUCAGCGCCAUGUGACGACCAAUUCCCAGGAAGACAUGAACGAUGAUCCCAGUGCCCUCGGUUGCGCUGUGACUGAUGAUCGGCUUGAACAAGGCGCAGCAUUCAUUAUCCACGUCCGUGCUUCCGCACGACUUUUGGCCUGGAAGUCUCUUAUCCAUGCAUGGGUGAGUGAAGGCAUCAACCUACCCGUUGCUGAGCCCUUUACCAUAUCUUGCGCAACUGUAGCCUGCUUUACCAUUAACCAAUGCGGCAAUGAGGUUGCGGAAAGCCCUGGAAGCCUCCAGGCUCCCGCAAGAACGUCGAGACAGCUCUUCACACAGUCUUGUAAGCCCCUAAAGAUGGCUGCUGGCGACACGAUUGAGGACUUCUGCGAGCUCUUUUGUAGGAAUGCUGCUCGCUGGGAGACGCUUGGUAUAUUCUUUACAGCCGUUUCGCGUGCGACCAUCGACAUCACACAUUUCGACAGUUUAUACAGCUCGGAGCAGGAGCGUCGAGCCCUUCGUAAACUUGCGAUGCGGUUUUCGGAUACCUGCCUUGAUAUCGCACUCUCACUGGACUGCUUAAACGACUUACAGCUUGUUUUGCAGUACGAGAACUUCAUUUUGCAUUCACUAGUAGACGGAGAUCAGAGCUACCAUUCCUGGCGCAAACUGGGAGAUGUCGUCAGUUCACUGUUCGCUUUAGGCUACCAUGAACAGCUCGGAAGCGCCUCGGUUACGCCACUUUUCUUGCGAGAACUUCGAUUUGUAUCGUUCAGCCGAACCUACUCUGCUGACAAAAACUGCUCAAUUUUCCUUGGCAGACCACCGCGCAUGCUCAAGCGUUAUUGUCCAACGGCUGACCUGCCCGAGACAUGGGAAACGGGCGAACGUUUUACCUAUCGGGCAGACACUCGUGUUCACAGCAUUUGCGCUUCAUUGAAGGAGGAUGUCCUAGAUCUGCAAAAGGAGGACCAAAUAAUAAGGAUACAGAAAGCGAACCAUAUACGAGACGCCACUGAAAUGCAAUGGGCAGCAAUCCCGACAGCUCUCAGGCUCGACAGACCACUAUCCUCCUACAAUCAACGUCAUGUAGAGGUUGACUUUUUGGUCAGCGCGAAGCUGAACUUUGCGCAUGUCAAGUUCCUUCUAGAGCUUACUAUAACGCCUCGUGUUUCGAACCCCGGCAUCGAGCUACUUCGUACAUCGGCAGAUAUGCUCAGCCUGGUUGUGGAAGCAAUCGUGCUCAAACAACGUUUGGCGAACUCCGGAACAUCACUGGUAUGGAAGGUUGCUUAUUACGGGCUUGCUGCAGCAGGUGUUCUCUGCCUGGCAUUGCUCUACAGCACGUUCGACCGCGCUGCACCAGACGCGACACCCUCCAAAUCCAUUCGCGAUCUGAGUGUGCUUGUUGCUGAGAUUGAGACGGGCGCUUUGCUUCAGCCAGAAGACCCCAACUAUGCACUGCUAUCUGGUGCUGCUCGUACCAUCAAGAACCUUCUGGAUCGUUUGAUCACUAACAAAUUCACCGCUCAAGCGGACACACAGCCACUCAUCGAUGUUUUGGCGCAACCUCCACUUCGAUAUAGCGACGAUGAACUGAUUACCUGGGACACACAUGGGUUGCAGGACUUCGACCCAGAAUUCUGGUUGAACCUAUCCGAACAUCCCUUCUUAAUGACCUCUGAGAGCGGGAUGUUGCAAUGA